GAACACUUCCGGGUGUACGGUUGCUCGCGUCUAAACUGGAAUCUGACGACUUUGUCUGAAAUCUUUUUGAGUUAAUUCUUAAGUUUUACCAACAACGGUUUACUACGUGCGAGGGAAAUGUGUUUAUGAUACAAUGUAGCACGUUAAUUUGUUUCAUCGUCUAAGUUCAUUCAUUGCUUCUUUGUAACGCGUCGGCCCAUGAGCAAGCGAACUUCAUAGUUUUAUCAUGACGUCCAGAUGUUGAUGUUGAUUGAAGCAGGCUGUUAAUCCUGUGGACAUCACGUAACUGUUCGGGAUAAGCAAGCCGAGUUUUGACAUUAGUCAGCAGCGCAAACUUGGCCGCCAUGGAUCUUUAUGUUUUUAUUGUAUUUUAUUUACUUUUUAUGGGAGAGACUGCUCGAGGUGAUGUUGAAGAAGACCAUGAACUAGGCACCCUUAGUUCCAUGCUGUCAGACUUUGAGGUUCUGCCCAUGUCCAGGCUCAAGCAACACUCGGUCCGAAAGCGGGAUGUCCAGAUGCACACCCAUAUGGAGAGGCUGCUCAGUUUCACAGCUCUACAAAGGCACUUUAGGCUUUAUCUUACAACCAACACAGAGCUGUUUGCUGAUGACUUCAGGGCUAUGGCUAUGGGGGAGAAUGGGAAUGAGGAGCUGAUUGAAGUGCACAGACAAAACUUCUUCACAGGCCAUGUGAUCGGGGAGGAACACUCUCGAGUCCAGGCUCACAUCGAUGACAACGAGUUCUCAGCCCAUAUCCUCCUCCAUGAUGCAGAGUAUAACAUAGAGCCCCUGUGGAGGUACACAUCGGCAGCCGCACGCGACCGGCUACUGGUCUACCGCUCUGAGGACAUCCACAACAUCAGCCGGCUCGCUUCCUCUAAAGUGUGUGGCUAUGUCAAUGCUGGCCUCCGUGACCUCCUUCCAGAGGGAGUGCAGCUUCCCCACAGCAAUGAUGAUGGGGAGGAGGAGGAGCACAUCAGAGAGACGCGGCAGGUGCACGACCACAGCGUGAACACCUGCCCUCUGCUGCUGGUGGCUGACCACCGCUUCUUCAAGCACAUGGGCCGUGGGGAGGAGAGCACCACCCUCAACUACCUGAUUGAGCUGAUCGACCGUGUGGAUGACAUCUAUAGGAACACAUCUUGGGAUGAUGAGUUCAAAGGUUAUGGUGUUCAAAUCCAACAGAUUAUAAUCAACAAAGAGCCGACUCCAGUAGCACCGGGAGAGCUCCACUUCAACAUGGAGGGAAGCCCGGUGAAGGGAAAGGACGUGUGGGAUGUGAAGAAACUUCUGGAGCAAUUCAGCAGAGACAUAGCUGAUAAUGCAUCGCAGGUGUGUCUGGCACAUCUGUUCACCUACCAGGACUUUGACGAGGGCACCCUGGGUCUGGCAUAUGUGGCACCCUCCAAACAGGGCUUCCCUGGCGGUGUGUGCUCUGAGAAGUGCACUCCCUCACCCAGUGACCAAAGAGCCAUAUACCUAAACACUGGGCUGACCAGCACCAAGAAUUAUGGGAAAACUAUAUUAACAAAGGAAGCAGACCUGGUCACCACCCAUGAGCUGGGCCAUAACUUUGGUGCGGUACACGACCCGGACGACAUGCCGGACUGCGCCCCCCGUGAUGACCAGGGAGGGAAAUACGUCAUGUACCCCAUUGCUGUCAGUGGGGACCACUCCAACAACAAGCUCUUCUCCACCUGUAGUAAGAUGUCCAUCCUGAAGCGACUCAAGUUCAAGGCGCCCUCUUGCUUUCGCGUGCGGAACAGCAGCGUGUGUGGGAACUCGCGUGUGGAGGACGGAGAGGAGUGUGACCCCGGACUUCUGCACCUCAGCAAUGACCCCUGCUGCACUGCCAACUGCAAACUCCGGCCUGGGAAAAUGUGCAGUGACCGUAACAGUGCCUGCUGUAGAGAGUGCAUGUAUGAAAAGAAGGGGAAGGUGUGUCAGGAGCCCAUCAACGCCACCUGUAAGGGGAUGUCCUUCUGCACUGGGAACAGCAGUGAGUGUCCUCCUCCAGAGAACGCUCCCGACAAGACGGUGUGCGUGGACAACGGCCAGUGUCAGAGUGGGGAGUGCAUCCCCUUCUGUGUGGCCUUCGCUAAGCUGGAGCCCUGCGCUUGCAAUGAGACCAAGAGCUCCUGUAAGGUGUGCUGCCGGAACAAGAACGGCAUGUGCACACCCUACCGCGACCAGAAGAAACAGCCCCUGUUUCUGCGCAAAGGCAAACCCUGCACCGUUGGUUUCUGUGAUGGCAAUGGUAAAUGCAAUAAACAGGUGCAGGAUGUCAUUGAGAGAUUGUGGGAUUUCAUCGGCAAGCUGGACAUCAACACAUUUGGAAAGUUCCUGGCGGACAACAUAGUGGGUUCGGUGAUUGCGUUCUCCCUGCUGUUCUGGAUCCCUCUUAGUAUUCUGGUGCACUGCGUGGACAGGAAACUAGACCACCAGUAUGAGCUGAAGACCAAAUCUCUGUUUUACCCCAGUAACGCUGAGAUUCUGAGCAGUCUGGAUUCAGCGUCCCUGCGCAUCUUCAAGCCCCCUCCCUCUUCCCUGUGUGCAGCCCCCCCUCGCUUCCAGGCCUCAGGGCCCCUGCAGACCAGCACCCCCCCGAUCCUGGCCCCAGCGCCCACGCUGGCUCCACUCCUUCCGGCCGCCGUGGAAACGCCCCGCAUGGCCACCAUCCAGGAGGACCCCAGCUACGACUCACCACUGGACGAGCAGGUCCUGGAGGAGGACUUCUCGUCCAGUGGGGGUGGCACGGAGGCGCGCUCCUUCGAGGACCUGACCAAGAGCUCUCCGGCCAGUGGCGUGCGCAGCGACAAGGCCAAAUCAUUCCGGCUGCAGAGACAGGCGCGACUCAACAGCAAAGAGACAGUGUGCUAACUGGGAGAGAGCGAGAGAUAUAGAGAGAGAGGUAGAGAGAGAAAAGGGAGAAAGAGAGGUAGAGAGCUCAACUCAAACAUUGAAAAGUACAAAAGUACUCUAAUUGCAAUGGCCACAAGUAGAGCAGAAGUAGAGACAGAAACUCUUAACAAGGUACAUAGUGGUGGAACAAGCAGGACUUGUGUACUAAUGACAUUAGUACGUAAUGCAUACAUGUGCUUAACAAUUUAUGUUGUGAGUUAUACAAUUCCAACAGGACAGACAUUUCAUUUGAGCUCAGAUUUGUAACAGAGACACAUUUGGAAUAAUGUCUACUCCUAUAUUGGAGAUUAUGUGUGUUUGUACUUUAUAUAUUUUUAGUGUCUGUCAGUGCUGGUAUUGCCAAAAAAACUUUCCUUUAAAGCUACUCUGCUAAAGAAGGCCCCUGAAAACAGAAAUUACAUAGUAUGAACCACUUUACAAGCACUGAAAUGCGCUCUGCAAAAAUAACUGGGAAUUUUAUAUAUUUUUAUAAAUACUGUAUGUUUAAGACUGAAUCAUGGUCGAACGCUGUGUGUGAAUUGCUGCUGCAUUGAGCAGGUUGACGUUUGCUCAAACACCAAAGCUAUCACCAGAGAUGACAAACUCCAAGGCUAACUCUACAAAGACGCUUUAAAUAGGUUUACAAGGAUAGGUUACAUGAAAUAUGGGCUCAUUAUACUGGCAAUAAUGGUGUGUAUAUUGUACCCAGUAUACUGAACUUGUCCAGGUAGACACAGGGUUAUUACAUUCUCUGCACUAGUGACAAAAUGUAGGUACUUCUGUUGGUCACUUUCAUCUUACUUAUAUCUAGUGUUAUUUCAGCUAUAACAAUCACCCCAAAGUGCUGGGUGUGUAGAUAUCAGUUCUAACAGAUGCAAGUAACCUCUUUCCCCUUGAUUUAAAGAUUCCAGUUGGUUACUGUGUAAUUAGUCAACCUGUAUACCGUCAUGUUUGUUUAAUAUA